CUGAUAACAGAAGUUCAUGACUUAGCCAGUCGCGUUUGUUUUCAACAUGAAGGCCUUUCAUGUUUUCGUGCUAAUAAAUCUGUUACAUGCUGCAGAAGGAAAGAUACCUAUACCCCAUGGGUGUUCUGUAUUUAACAUUGCAUUGAACGGAUUUCAUGGAUUUCCUCUACCAACCAUACAUAGUCUUUAUCCACUUUACACUAAGGGUUCCCCACUGAUUGGAAAGCGUUUCAUUAUAAACAGUCCUAUCCAUCUGAACUACAGCGGAUUAUUCCCUUUAGGUGGUCUAAAUAUAGAUAUGAGCAAACUGUUCAACGUCUCUACGCAACUGGUACUAGAUUCCAUCAAACCGACGCUUCCGGCUUCUAAAGAGAUUUCACACACUUGCAGAAUAGGACUGAAAACAACAUCCCAAAACGAGAUUGAUUUCGUCAAAGCAAUGAUGAAAAUUUACAAAGUAUGUGCUGUAUGCGACAAGUUCGACACAAACACGACCACUUGUGAGACGGUCGGCUUUUGUCCAAAGAACUCUGUUUGUUACCAAGGAUACACCGAUGACCGGAAGUAUUGGCCGAAAUCAAAUGUUUACAAUAUAUUUGAUGCUAUGCAUCCGAGGGCUGGAUUCCAUGGUUGCUGUCUACCGACCGAUUCAAGAUGCAGAUAUCACAGAUAUAUAGUUAAAAACAAGAAUAACCACAAUCUUAAGUCGGCAAACUACACAAUACAUACAUGCUCCAGCAGCAUAGCGUGUAACGGAAAUGACCGGCAUGCAGUGAGCAGUUUUGUUAGUAAACUCAGUAAGUAUGUCAGUACAUAA